AUGGCAGAUCAAAACCAAUUCUCAUAUCCCUAUUACCUUCAUCCGAACGAAUCGCCCUCAUUGAUUCUUGUUUCUCCGUUGAUGAAUGGAAAGAAUUUCAGUUCAUGGUCAUGUGCCAUGAAGGUAGCUUUAACAUCGAAGAACAAACUUGUUUUUGUUAAUGGCAACAUCACAACUCCUGAAGAAGAUGAUCCAUUGUUUGCAGCCUCGGAGAGAUGCAACACAAUGAUACUUUCUUGGCUCCACCGUUCUCUUGAUGAUUCCAUUAUUCAAUCGAUUAUUUGGAUCGAUAAAGCAUACGAAGUGUGGAGUGACUUACAAGAUCGCUUCUCUCAAUUUGAUAUGUUUAGGAUAUCAGAUCUACAAGAAGAUUUUCAUCAGAUUAAUCAAGGUGACAAAUCGAUUUCUGAUUAUUUCACAAGCUUGAAGACGAUUUCAGAUGAGCUAAAUAAUAUAAGACCACUUCAUCCUUAUACCUGUGGAAAUCUAGCUCGCAUGCGUGAGUAUAGAGAUACAGAUCAAGUAAUCAAGUUUUUGAGAGGCCUCAAUGAGCAAUUUGCUCAUGUCUGUUCACAAAUAAUGCUCAUGUCUCCUCUCCCUAACAUCAACAGAGCAUUUUCUUUGGUUUUACAACAAGAAAGGCAACUCCAAUCAGAUACACGUGGUGGAGGUGCAAAGGAGAUAAUUUUUUUUGCAAAUUCCUCUGAUAGUUAUCGUGGUCGUGGUUAUUCAUAUAAUAGAGGUAGAGGAAGGUCAAAUAUUGGACGUGGACAAGCCAUAGGGAACAAAUUUUGCACUCAUUGCAAAAAGACUAAUCACACGAUUGAUACAUGUUAUUUCAAACAUGGAUUACCUCAAGGCUACCGUUCAAUGAAUUAUCAGAAUUCUAGCAAUGCUGUGAUUUCAGAAGAAAUUAAUAACACUGCUGCAAAGUGUGAGAAUGAUGUGCAACAAUAG